GCGUCGGAGCCCGGCACGGAGUCGGGCGGGCGCCUUCGGUCCUCGCGCGGCUCAAAUCAGCAGCGCUGUGCUGAGCUGCCACCCGGAGGUGGAGGACCCGACUGCCAUUUUCCCGAGAAGAGAGCAGGCGGCGCUGGAGCUGACCAACGAGAGUCCGGGGCGGGCCGUCGCCGUCGCCCCGGGCCGAUGGGAGCUUGCGUGCCGCCGUUCCCCUCAGGCUGAAAGCGGCCGCUUCCGAAGCCGGGGCACGUGCGUGGUGCGGGAGCCCGAAAUGGACUCGGAGGAGCCCGGGCGGCACAGCCCGGGCCGGCAGGUAGCAGCGCUGCCGGGCGAGGCUCAGAGCUGGCGGGCCUCUGCCCGGAGGGACCGCAUCCAGCACGGCGGGCUUCGGCUGCUCAGUGUGCGAGGCCGGGAAAGCUGGCGGGCUGCGGCUUCAGGGCGGGCAGAGGAAGUCACGGCGCCGGCGACAUCAGCCGGGCUGCUGGAACCUGCGUGCUGUCACGCUGCGUUUCCAUGACGACGGCGGGCCCUCCCUGAGGAGCCGAGGGCAGCUUUGCUGCUGUGUUUGUUACCCGAUGAAGCCCGAUGCAGGCGGGCUGGGCAGACAGUCUCACCAAAGAGGCCCGUGCUACAGCAAGAUUGACAGCACGACUCCUGCUGUUCCCCUUGAGCCCUGGCCAGGCCUUGGGGAGAAAGCCACGAGGAGAAAGAGGGCAGCAGCUGUUCCCCUGCACUGCUCCGUACGUUGGUUUAUUCCGUGCUCUGUAUGGGAUUUGGUUAUGAACUGUUGCAUGGGCUUGCUGUGGCAGUGAGGCUGUGCCUUCUCCUUGCAGACAGUGUCAAGAUUGAGCUGCUGAACUACCGGCAGCUCUCGCGAGCCUCCGGCGUCCUGCUGCACAUGGUGCUGCGCUGCGUGCGAGAGAGCGUGCUCUUAUACUGUCACCUCCUGAGGAACAAGGAGCCCGUCUCAUUUGUGUUCAAGAACCUUGGAGUUAUGACAUGCCAAGACAACUUCCUCUGCAUGAGGUUCUUCUGCAGCUGCAUUGCAAAGCUGGAGACCAAUGCUACCAUCCUUGCACUGUUCCACACUAGAUUUUGGAUGGAAGAUUCUGCUGACUUCGGGCCAGAGACCACCACACAUGGGAUCUGGGUGUUCCCGAGGUUUCAGCUCACUGAGAAAAAGAGCAGAGCAGAGGCGGCCGCAGAACAGAAAGCUGCAGUAGAGCGGAAGAUGAGUAGAGGGGGCUCUGCUGGCAGGCUGCUGCAGACGUGGAAGACUCUUUCCCCCUCCAUGCUGCUACAGCACGAGCCAGGCUCAAGGCAGCAAAAUGUGGCGAAGGAGCCUUCUGCCAGCGCGCUCCCGCUGUGUGCAGGCAGCUUCCACAGGACAAAGAAAGCAGGACAGAAGGAAGCAUCUACUCCUGCCCAGACCAGCACUGCACUUCCUGCCUCAGAGGAGUCUAAGAGGGUGCUGCAGGAGCUCCGGGAAGUGUCUGCGUGGAAUGAAGCAGACUGCACGCGCCUUGUGUACCAGCAGCAAGUAGAGCAAGCACGGGCAGAAAUGGCAGCAUGGGAAGGCUGGAGUGCAGGGGAGGACCAGCAUCCGCCCCAGUUACUGUCAGGGAUCGACCCUGCUGUUAACCAUCCUCUGAGCCAGGGUGCAAGCUCAGCAGUGAACGGGUUGGGAGCGGGACGGGCGCCGCGCAGCAUGGCAAAGGCUGGCCUGCCUCCCUGGGAGGAGAGCUUGGCACAGCCCCGCAGGGAGAAGGGAAAGGCAGUGGGCAGCCGGGGGCUGGCAGGGCCGAGUCUCCUGCUUGCCAGGGCCUGCUGCAGGGCCCUUGACAGAGGGCCUCUGGGAAACAGCCCCAUGCACCCAGCUGCUUUGCUGACAGCAUCUCCUCUUUGGCAGCUGCUGGCCAGGGAGAGCAUGCAUGCUCCGCAUCCUUCAGCACAGCCCCGGGGACAGCAAGUGGGGAGGAGGUGGAGAAAGAAUGUGGAUCCUCUGCCGGGAAGUAAAAUGGGAACAGCGACCAAGCUGGCACUGCAUGCUGACCUCCUUUCCCUGCAAGCGGCUCAGGUGCUCCAGAAAUUGGAGCCGCGCCUCCAUCAGCAAGAGGCUUUUGCCAGCACAGCGGAAAGAAACCGGCAGAAGCUGGAGCUGAAGCGGCAGCUCCCCUGUGCUCGAUGCUCACACCACUCCGGGGGGAAAGUGCAGGCAAUGGUGGUGACCGCGGUGGAGCUCUCAGCAAGGGGCUGGGAAGCUGUCCAGAUUUCCACCUGUGAAUGGAAGAUCAUAGAAUCAAAGACUCGUAGAAUGGCCUGGGUUGAAAAGGACCUUGAAGAUCAUCUAGAUUCAACCCCCCUGCUAUGUGCGGCGGCGUCAACCAGCAGACUGGGCUGCCCAGAGCCACAUCCAUGCCUCCAGGAAUGGGGCAUUCACCACUUCUCGGCAAGCUGUUCCAGCAUGUCACCGCUCUCCUUGUUAAGAACUCUUACUAACGUCUAACCAAAUUAUCCCCUCUUUCACAGUUUAAAACCAUUCCCCCUUAUCCUAUCAUUAUCCAGCCUUGUCAACGGCCAAUCCUCCUCCAAUUUAUAUCCUCCCUUCAAGAAUUGGAAGGCCACAAUGAGGUCUCCCCGGAGCCUUCUCCUCACCAAACUAAACAAGCCCAGUUCCCUCCACCUUUCUUC